AUGGACCAGAACAACAUGAACAAGUUCUUUAACUCGUCGUUCUUUGCGCAGACUCCGCAGAAGGAUAACAAGCAAGGGCAAUUUUCUGGAGCGCAGCAGCCUUCGAUUUUUGGGCAGUCGCAGGCUGGGUUUGGCAGCGCACAGAAUCCUUUUCUUCAAGGGUCUGGAGGAAUGAAAAGCAAUACGUUUAGCGGUGUAACACCUUUUGGGGGAACAUCUUCAUUUGGCAGUGGGGCAGCAUCUAGCUCUGGAGGAUUUGGACAGCCUUUUUCUGGCCAGCAGCAGCCGUCGACCUCGUUGGCAAGAUUCGGGUCUGGAGGAACUCCGAGCACCGGAAGCAAUAUAUUUGGGGGUACCUCUAACGCCUUAGGGACGGGCCAGACACAGUUUGGAGGGACUGGGGGGACCAUGAAUUUUGGAGCACAGCCGCAGAGCAGUGUGUUCGCAUCUGGAGCCCAAAAUGGGUUGCAGCCGUUCACCAUGGGAGGGUCCACGGCAUCUCAGCCCAGCAUAUGGGGGCAGGGAUCUACCUCCUACAGUCCCUUUGGCGGGACCCAAAGCACCUUUUCCAACGACAGGAACAGCACUCUAAACAAAACAUUUCCUGGACUUGCGGGAAGUAGCACUGGGACCAAGGAUCAUCCCUACAUACAAAGAAAGAUAAGAGAAGAUAAUGGAGGGGAGGUAACCUUGAUGCACAUCAACGGGAACGAAAACUACACGCAGAAGUCUGUCGAGGAGCUGAGGUCCGAAGACUACAUGCUUGGAAGAAAGCCCAUGACAAGUGGAAGCAUGACGGAGCCUAAGAGCAUCUCUGGAUUCGGGCUACCCCUUGGAGCAGCGAUGCCGUCUUCUGCAGUCAACAAGCCGCAGGGUAAUAGCGUCUUUGGAACGGCUGCUACAUCUGGGACUUCAUUCCAACCUUUUAUUUCAGCUGGGAGUUCGAAGACCCAGCAAGAGCCUGCUAAUUCUAGCUUUGGAAGCACCACGCCACAGCAGCCAUUUGCGCCUUCGGCAGUUUCUUCUAACAUAGCAUCCCAGCCGUUCGGCUCAUCGAUCCAAGGCCCCUCUGGGUUGCCAAGCGGAAAUCCAUUUGUUCAGAAUGUACAGCAGCCGCAGGCAGCAUUUGGGUCUGUUGGGAUGGCUCCGCAAGCGCCGGCCUCCAACAAUCUUUCGUUCACGAAUGCACAGCCAUUUGAGAUGCCGAUGCAACAGCCGUUUGGAAGCACAAUGGCUUCUCUCGGAGCCUGUGGGCAGAUGAAUCCGCAGCAGACCAAAAUAGACCCGUCUGACCCAUUUCUCCUGAAGGACAUUAAGUUUGAGAAGACCGAGAAAGAGCAUCUUCCACUGAGCAAGGUACUUCCGAGGCCGAUAUUCAAGGAGGAGUCGAAGCCCCGGAAGAUAUCUCUGAGCUUUCGACCUCCAAAGCCUCCUGCAAAGGAGAAGAUAUACACGAUUCCUCCGAUAGAGAACAUCAAGCACAUGAGGGAGGUUCAUAAUCUGAUCAUAGGCUUUGAGGACAAGGGAAGGAUAGAAUAUCUUGACACUGUGAGUGCAUCUGAGGUUACCAUGGCGAAUAUUCAAUCGAAGAUUUACUUCUCAAAAGAAUCUGUUGUAGUCAAUGACCCUGUUGGAGUAGGACUGAACAGAAGAGCUCGUGUGUAUGUAGAGGGGGUGUUUCCAUACAGUAGGAGCCUGGGAGACUAUAUCAGAGGCGAGCAGAAGCAGUUUCCGCUGAAGGGGAUCCAGGAAAGAUUUGUGUAUGGCUUGAAGAAUGAUACUGUGAAGAAGUUUGUUGGAUAUGAGUAUGAGAGGGGGACGUAUGUCUACGACGUUAACCACUUCUGA